UCGUCAAGGUCUAAGAAGUGCCGACCAUUUUGCGUUAAGUCCUGGAGUUCAUCCGGAACAACUGAUAGUGUUCCGACAUCAACACAGUGUUUACAAACUGCCUGCCUGCACUUAGCUUCGCAGAAGUUUCUUUCUGAAAGGCUGUUACUGAUCACGAUGAAAGCCUCAUGGAUUUUACUCUUCCUGGGUGUUGUGAUGUUGAUGCCUGCUUCUUACGAAUCAGCCACUCUGAUUAAGUGUAACUGCAAUUGUCCUCGGGAAUUUCAACCAGUUUGUGCUCAGGACUCCACUGGGGACCGAGAUAUGUUCCCCAACGAGUGUCACCUCAUGUGCUACAAUUGUACUCACGACAAGGAUUACGUCAUAAAAUCUCAGGGUGACUGUGAGGCCUCUACUACGGCCCAACCACGGACCGCGGCGCGUCGACGACAAGGCAGACGGGUCGGAGCCACACAUUAAUGCUGUGCUGAAGCAUCCCGCUACGCAUCUCUCAUUUUCACUACUUAUUUGGCCGUCUCACUUGCAACUUGUGUUAAAAUCUUGAAAUUCACAUGUACUGCACCACGCAUUGAGUUCCCCGCUAGUGCAGGGACACUACUGAUGAUUGCGAAGCCGGGCCGGUAACGCUCUACGUUAAUUGACGGCUUCAGUUUAAUGGCGCUAAAUAAGUGCGCUAUUUCACACGAUCCUGAGUAACUUUGACAAGGUUCACAUCCCACUAUCUACCCAUAAAAUUCUUUUUAAUAUUCACUUCUUCUUAAUCAUGUUUCUUCUCCAAAUUUAUUUAUGCGCGUCUCAUGUACAUAACAGGUAUUUACCUCGUGUAUAUCCCGAAGAAAAAGACCACCCCUUAUCAGUCAUCACUACUUGUUUAAUAUAUUAUCAGUUAUACUCCCUAUCGGGGGUUUUCUUCUUCAAUUCACAAGCUAAGGGUGUCAUGCAGUGUUGGAAAAGAAUUUAUUUAAAAUGGAGAUACUCGUGCAAAUGGAAACCCAUGAUUAAGGUACCCGCAAUAUUUCUAAACAUUGCUGAUUCAAUGUAGCGUUUCUUAGAAAUAUGAAGAGUUGUAACAUGUAGCUGUGAAAGCAAAUUAACUAACUGAAAGUGGGAAAUAAAUAAGUCUCAGUAAAUAAGAAA